CGUGCUAACGUGCUAAGCUAACUGCUUAGCCCGGCCGGAACUGUCGCGUAGCUAUUUUGCUGUCUGCGCGACGGUGGACGUUUUCACUCCUCCGGAUUAAUAUUUCAUUUCCCCCCCGUGUGUGUGUGUUAACCACCAGGUUUGUUUAACAAUGCCGAGCAAAAAGAAGAAAUACAACGCGAGAUUUCCACCGGCAAGGAUUAAAAAGAUUAUGCAGACGGAUGAAGAAAUCGGCAAAGUGGCUGCAGCAGUACCUGUUAUUAUUUCGAGAGCCCUGGAGCUUUUCUUGGAGUCGUUGCUCACCAAGGCCUGUCAUGUCACCCAGUCCAAAAAUGCAAAAACCAUGACGACGUCACACUUAAAACAGUGCAUCGAGGUGGAACAGCAGUUUGACUUCUUGAAAGACUUGGUGGCAACUGUGCCGGACAUGCAGGGCGAGGGAGACGAGAACCACACCGAGGCAUCGGGGGAAAAGGUGCCACGCAGGGGUCGAAAGCCAGGGUCCGCUCACAAAAAUGGAGGGGCCGGCUCUAAAGGCAAGGACAAGAAGUUGUCCGGGACCGAGUCGGAGCAAGAGGACAACUCAGAAGACAGCGAGACAGAUGGGGACGAAGAGGACGGCUCUCAGUCAAGCACAAAUCUGCAGGCUGUAUCCAGGUUCCACAGCGCCGGCGCUCCCCCGAAGUACACGCACCCGGGCAACGUGGUCUCAGGGGACGACACGUCAGCGGCGCAGCCCCGGGGCCCCGUGACCUUCGCCCCGCACCCCUCCAUGAUGAGCGCCGCGCCGCCUCCGCCGCCUCCCGCGCUACAACAAAACGAGGACUACGACGAGGAAGACUAUGACUCGUAGCUCCCCCCCUCCCUCCCCCCCAUAUCCACACACAGCUUUUUUUAGUUGAAGUUGCUCUCACGACGGUCACUCGGAGCAGAGGAGCAAAAAGACUCUUCAUCGGCGAGAGGCCGUCGGAGGAAAAAAGAAAAAAGCCGGUUGUACAUUGCGUUUUAAUUUUCUUCUCUUUUAAACGACGGCUUUUAUUUCAUUGUAGACAAGAAUCCAACCAGGAUAUUUUUAAGGAGUUCAGUUUUGAUUAUCAUUCAGAAAUGUCUUUUUUUUUCUAUGUUUGUUUUUGUUUUUUUGCUUCCAGACGGGAUCGGAAAACAAUAAUAAUAAUAAUAAAAACAAACUUCCCAAGACCACAACACAGACAACAUCUUGAAGAUACCUCCUUUUUUUUUUUUUUUUUUUUUUUUCUUUCUUUCUUUGUUUUUAUUAUAAAAUAAAAUCCUCGACUGGAUGCACAUCAGUUGACAAACUGAAUCAUAACUGUUGUUUUUUUUCAUGUUUUGCCAAUUCAUUUCUAUUCAGGCCCCACCCCACUUGAGUUUUUUAUGUUGCAUAACACCCCCCCCCCCCCUUUUUUUUUUAAAAGACUACUUUUAAUGAAUUGAAAGUAGACACGAGGUUCCCCUUUAUGUCCAUGUUAAAUUGUAAAA